AGCAAAGGUGUUGGGCUUCUCACUUCUCUCACACCCUGCCCAGUUCCAGGUAUCAGAAGAAAUGACACAAAGACUAAGCUUUUCUUUGGUACUUUGAGUGCUCCAGUCAUUCCAUUCCCAAGGCAACCCUUUCCCUUUCAGUGCCACACGCAGAUUAAAUUGGGAUGGAAGUCUCUGGCCAGAACCUUGUGAAAUGUGAUGAAGAGAAAGCAUUGAAGUGCUUGCUUGAUGCAUUUGGGUCAGUGUUUUCUCUUGAAGACAUAGCUUCUGCAUAUUGCAAGGCGAGCAGGAAUGCGGACUUAGCUGGGGAGAUUUUGUAUGGAAUGCAGGGGAGCUCCUCAGCAGCAUCUGCAACCCUUGAUCCAUCUAAUGCAGAUGUUAGUGCUGAAGGGUCCUCUGGAUCAUCAAGCGGAUAUUGUUCCCUAGAGAAUUCUUUACAAGAGAGGAAAACCUUGAGGUCCAAAGUUCGCCCCGUUUCUGCAGGUAGUGUUUCUGGCCUUAUUGGCAAGGGGUAUGCUAGACCUGCCCCAUCUGCAAAUGGGUCUGUUGGUGUGACCAAACCAGCCAAGUUGGAUGCAAGGUCGCUGCCCAUGACCGGAAUCUGGCGUGAAAAGGGCAAGCCGGAUGUAUCGAGUUCCAAGCAUGAUUUGCUUCACCAGGACAUGGAAGAUUUCUUAUUUAAAAUGCUUGGGGAUGGCUUUCAGCUUGACAGAAAUAUGAUUCGGCAGGUUCUUGAUACUUGUGGGUAUGAUAUGCAGAAGAGCUUGCAGAAAUUACUAGAUCGAUCAAAUAUUACUUCGGGCAAAAGAACAGCUGUUGUUGGUGAUUCAGCUGGGAGGUUUACAGAUAUGAAACCAAAAUCCGAAGCACCUUUAUCUGAAAGAAAGUCUCAGGAUUUAAAUUAUCCCAGAGGUGAUGGAAACAUAGCUUCAAUUAGAGGUACCGAAUUACAUCCGCAACAGAAACAAAAACAUGACCUUCAGAAAGAAGUAUUGUCUAGUUUGUUUAAUUAUCAAGGGCAUUCUGAGGAGGCUCCUAAAAGAAUUGUGAAGGAUUUGAGUAAGAAAUCACAGCAUGGGCAUGUGGUUUUUGAACCUCCCAAAGAAUCCCCAGAAGAAUUCAAGAUUGACAUCGACUUGAUGGACUUAUCACGACUAGAAAAUAUAGAUGAUCCAGAAGACGAGGAAGAUUAUCAGAAUGCGCGUAGAGCUGUGAAGGAGUACCGAGUGGCAAUGAAUGAAUAUUAUCAAGCAGCAGUUGAUGCAUUUGCAAAGGGAGAUCAGAACAAAGCAGAAAAACUUCUAGAACAGGGCCAUUUUUUCCACAAAAAAGCUCAGGAUGCUGACGAAGAAUCUAACAAAAUGAUUCUUGAAAGCAGAACUGCAGAAGAAGAAAUGGUGCUUGACUUGCGUGACCAUGGUUCAAAGGAGGCUAUACGUCUAUUGAAAUGUCAUCUUUCUUCUUUUUCUGGCAUUCCAACAUUCGAGUACCUCAAGGUCAUCGUUGAUGUAAAUGAUAAAGAUAACAGUAAAGGAUCUCGCAGACGACAACAGGUAUUAAAACUAUUAGAGCAGGAAUCUAUAACAUGGGUUGAAGGAGAAUCUGCGGGUACAAUAUUGAUCAACUUGGCAAACAUAGAGCCUAAACGAUUGAGUUUUGUCAAGUCAUAGAAUGCUCCAGUUAGUUAACCAAAUGAACUGUCCAAUGUGCAAUUGAUUGAUUGUUGGCAAAACUGGCAUUAGUCUCGUGAUUUGUGGAGGUGUUUUGGUUUUUUUGUCAUAGUUUUGAUCAAAUUUUUUUAAUAUUAUUUUGAAAUAUGGGGACCUAAAUCAUUAAAUAAGCUAGUUUCACAGUCCAAUAUUAUUUUGUUUGAGUAGUUUUACCCGUAGUAUGUUUCUCUCCUUUCUGGCCUCACUUUUAUUUUUUA